AUGAAACAUCUUGCUGCUUACUGUCUUCUCGUCCUCGCUGGAAAACAAAACCCAACUGCCGAUGAGGUUUCCAAGCUCUUGAAGGAUGUCGGUGUCCAACCAGUUAAGGAAGAUUUAGACUCCAUGAUUAAAGCUCUCGCUGGAAAGAAAGUACACGAUUUGGUUAGAGAUGGAUCCAAGAAACUCGCUUCAGUACCACAAGGAGGAAGCGUCUCAGCUGCCCCAGUUCAAACCACCGCUGCUGCCGCUGCUCCCGCCAAGGAAAAGGAAGAAGAGAAAAAGAAGGAAGAAGAGGCUGAUGUUGAUAUGGGAGGACUCUUCGGAGACGACUAUUGA